UUAAUUUCGGAUAUCUGUCGUCGGGAAGCGACUUUUUUCGCGGUUGGUGAUCUUCAGAGUGCGAGUCGGGUUUCUGAAUUUCCCGCGCUUUUUGUUAGGAAAUCAACACAUGUUGUGAUCGAAGCUUCCCUUUAAAAAACUUCCAAUUUUGCCAUUCAUAUUUUGUCUUGAAAGCCUUUUUCGAAGAAAAGAAGUAUCGAAAUAGUAAAAAUGCCUGCUAGGAAACGAAGUAGAACGGAUUCAACAGGUUAGUUCGGUUAAAUUUUGAUGAUUUACAUGUAAAUGUACAAAAUAUAAUAGCGGUUUAUAUUUUAAUUUUUGAAUCGGUGUUGAUAAUAUUAAAUAUUGUUGUUCUUUCAUUGUGUGUUUGUAUGUUUAGUACCGAUGGAUCUUACGUGAGAAAUAAUAUAGCAUGUUUAUAUUUAGGUGUAUAAUGUGCAAGACGCCAGCUCCUUUUGACGUGUAAAAUUGUCUGGCAUUAGACAGAGUAAAAUAAUAAAGUCUGGCGCAUUUUCAGCUUAAGGAAUUAAGAGUUAAACCAUACAUCUCCCAUUGGGAAGGAUUGCCAAGCAUACUCUUGUCCUCUGCACUCAGUUGUUUAACAAUCUUUCACAGCUCAUAAGUAAAAUUAUGUGCACUUGGCAAGCAUGAAGUAUAUAUAUAUUCACAUGUUUAGGUACUAAUGGUACUCAAGGUGGAGGCAGUGCCACAAGUUCUCCAGCUAGACCUGCGGAUGCAUCCCCGCCUGCAGCAAGACGCAAAGUAGGAGAAACAUCUUCUCCCGCUCCACUCCCCCCUACAUCGCCUGCAACUGACCAAACUGAGGCAGGGGCAUUUUCAUCCCCCCAACCAAUGCCACCGAGUGAAAUUGACAUGAGUUCACCGCUGAAUUAUGGGACACCUAGUUCAAGAAUUGCUAAUACACCCAGAGGGACACCGUAUCCUUGAACUUUAUAAAUACCCAACUCCCUAGAGGUUCAGUUUGUUACUUGGCAAGUGUUAUUACAGAAGAAAUGUUGAUAGCCUGCUUGCCGCCUGGAAUUUCCAAGGGGGGCUAAAAUGUUGAGUACUUGGAGAAAAUCUGUGGUCUUUGGCAAAAACCCCUUUGACACAGGGAUCGCAGAAUAGCCCCCUCUUUUUCGGUGGAUAAUAAAAAAUUACCGGAUAAAAUCCAGCCUGGCUGCGGGGAAUAGCUUCCGUGCUAUCCUGCCCCCCCUCCGCGGUCACUGUGACAGGCCUAGAAAAUAUAUUUCUCUUCCUGGCAGUAAAAUCCAAAAAUAAAAAUUUUCUGUGUAAGUCAAGUAUAAAACUUCCUGGUCAUGUGGAUUUCAGAGAAUGUAGGGUGGCCCACGUUUGAUCAACUUCAAUUUUGGUACAAGACAAUCUUGACAUGUAGAAUUUUUAAAAUUAAACAAUAGAAGAAAAUUUCAUGUGUGUAACUAAAACUGUGGUUAGACGAUUGGAAGAAUCAAACUCCUGUUGGAGGGGUGGGGGGAGGGGGGGUGAUAGGGGGGGUGAUAGGCACAGGCACCAACCACUGUGCUGGGUGAUUUCAAAUAAAAAAUUCUUAACAUAUGUUCCCAGUAUUGGCACACCUGUUCGACAUCGUAGUGACAUCCGCAGUAACCGUAAAGUGAGGCAAGUUGCUAUAGGUGAUCAAACAGUAAGUAUGGUUAAAACUACUUAUCACUAAAUCUCUAGUAAAGCUGCUUAAAACUAUUAAUAUAUCUUGAUUUUUAAAAGGCAAAUAUACCUUUAACUCUGUUUAAUGCCAGAUGAUUUUACUUGUCAAGGAAGAGCAUGUGGUAAUUGCCAGUACUCUCCCUUGACAAUUAGUAAAAUUAUCUGGCAUUAAACAGAGCAAAAUAAUAAAGGUGCAAUGCAGCUUUAUCAUUAGUUUUGACAUUGGUAACAUAACUUUGACCAUAUUGUAGUCAACAGACGUGACAGAUCCACCAGCGGCAGCGCCUACCAGUGACAGCACAGCUGGCCCAAGACUGGUUAUCUGGGGAACAGAUGUUGUUGUACAGGAAACCCAGGAGAAGUUUAAGAAAUUUUUGCAAGAGUUUAUUGAUGAAAAUGCUGAGGGGAUGGGUGACGAUUUUGUUCCAAACGAACCUCUAUAUAUGCAGAAGCUGGAAGAGGUGAACAAUAUUUUUCAUUCAUCUCUCUCUCCCCCCCCCUGGUUGUAUGAGGGGUAUGUGUGUAUAUGACAGACAUAUCUUUAAUUGCCCAGUACAGAGAACCAUGCCACCUCUUGUCUGCUAAAGCUAUAUAUCAUUGAAUUUAGAUUCAUGUGUUGGAGCUGCCAUUCCUGAAUGUUGACUGCGGUCAUAUCAAGACAUUUGAUCCAGAAUUAUACAGACAACUUGUCUCGUACCCACAAGAAGUCAUCCCAACUUUUGAUAUGGGUGUGAAUGAAGUGUUCUUUAGUAAAUACCAGGAAGCGGAAUUGGAACAUCAGAUUCAGGUAUGUCAUUCUGGCAAACUUCUCUUCUGCCUAAUAAAAUAAUGGCCUGACAUUCAGAUUAUUGUACAUUUGAUGAAUAUGAUUUCUGAUACUAAAAUGACGUAAUCUUUUCACUAUUUUCUAAAGGUGAGAACUUAUAAUGUUGAUCAGACCAAGAAUCUAAGAUCUCUAAAUCCUGAAGGUGAGUUUGUUAGUGGUGAUGGUGAUAUUAUGGUGUUGGUGAUUAUGGUGUUGGUAAUUAUGAUGUUGGUGAUUAUGGUGGUGAUGGGGUGAUUAUGAUGUUGGUGAUUAUGAUGAUGGCGACUGUGGGGUGAUUAUGGUGUGGUGGUGAUUAUGGUGGUGUUGGUGAUUAUGAUGUUGGUGAUUAUGAUGUUGGUGAUUAUGGUGGUGUUGGUGAUUAUGAUGUUGGUGAUUAUGGUGGUGAUGGUGAUUAUGAUGUUGGUGAUUAUGAUGAUGGUGAUUGUGGGGUGAUUAUGGUGUUGGUGAUUAUGAUGAUGGUGAUUGUGGGGUGAUUAUGAUGUUGGUGAUUAUGAUGUUGGUGAUUAUGAUGUUGGUGAUUAUGAUGUUGGUGAUUAUGAUGUUGGUGAUUAUGAUGUUGGUGAUUAUGAUGAUGGUGAUUGUGAUGAUGGUGAUUGUGGGGUGAUUAUGGUGGUGAUGGUGUUUAUGAUGAUGGUGAUCACUGGUUAUAAUGGUUGUGAUUGAGGCAAGUAAAUACUCUCUUCAAUGUUUAAUUUAUUCCCAUUUUUAUACUUUGUAAAUAUUUCAUUUUAGAUAUUGACAAUCUGAUAUCUAUUAAUGGAAUGGUUGUCAGGACAUCUAAUAUUAUCCCAGAAAUGAGAGAAGGUAAGUCACUCUCAGACAGUCAACCAGCCUGUGAGUCAGUCAUUCAGACAGUCCACCAGCCUGUGAGUCAGUCACUCAUGAAAAUUUUGUUCUUUCUUGUAGCUUUCUUCAGAUGUUAUGUUUGUCAUUCCACUACGACAUCAGAAAUCGACCGCGGCCGGAUAUCAGAGCCAGCAUUGUGUGCCAACUGUAAUACAAAUCAUAGUUAUGCCUUGGUACACAAUCGCUCUCAGUACACUGACCUGCAGAUUGUCAAACUUCAAGAAUCUCCUGGUACAUUGAAAUGUUUUAUGAUAAAAUAUUUGUUUAACCCAUUAACAAGAGUAAAAUAAUAAAGUAGUGCUACAUUGCCACUUAAAGGUUUAAUUACCAUAUUAUUUUAUGAUUUGUCAACAUUGUUAUCAGUUCUUGUAUAAAUAAAGUGUUUGAAAAAUCAUUUCAGAUGACAUGCCACCUGGUCAAACUCCCUACACGAUCACACUUUAUACUCACAGUCAACUGGUCGACACUGUACAGCCUGGAGAUAGGUAAUGAAUAGCCUGGAGAUGUAGGAAGGAUUGGAGGACUGAAUGUAGGGAGGAUUUUUGGACUAGAUGGAAAUUUCCAGUGGCAGAUUAGACACAAUUUUAGACCUAAUCAGGAUAAGCUAUAGGCACUCUGGCAGGAAUCGAAGCUGUGGCUCUGCAAUUCCGGUGCAACGCUCUAACCAACUGAGCUACAGGAAGGCACUUCUCCUGUAUUUGUGGAAGACUAGUUUCAAAAAAAAAGACGUCACCCCUAUUGUAGAGACUGGAGUGUCAAAUCAUUGCCUCAUAAUUUGUCCUGGGGUUACAUUCAUUGUAUACUGAAGAAGCAAAGCAUUGCAUGUCCCUUGUUAUAACUCGUAUUAAACACAGAAUGCUUUUAUAAACUUUUUUAAUUUUUCAAAUUUUAGAAUCACAGUGACAGGAAUAUAUCGUGCAACUCCUGUGAGAAUGAACCCUCGCCAUAGAAAUGUGAAAUCAGUUUACAAAGUACAUAUUGACGUGGUUCACUUCAGAAAGUCGGACAAAAAACGUCUUCAUGAAAGUGACCCAGACAGCGCUGUGCGGUUCACUCAGGAAAGAAUUGAUAAACUCACAGAACUUUCAGAAAUGCCUGACAUCUAUGAACGACUGUCGAAAGCUCUAGGUAACUCUACGCAGUCUAGCUUUUGCACAUAGAAUUUUGGUGGGUGCUUAGUCCUGCAAUAUACACUUGUCUGAUAUUUAUUUUGCCUCAGUCGUUUGUUAGAACAGUGCUUCCAGUUUGACUUUUCCAAACACCACAGGUUUUUUCCAGGUGUUUCGGGUUCCUCAUGUAAUAACACUGGGCCAAAAAGGGAUGACUCUUACUGGACCUCCAGGUAGAGCAGUUUAGAACUGAUAGAGCUAUCCAGUAUAUAUAAAGAUAAUUUACUGUAGUUUAGGUUUCCUCCUGCAGUAACACUGGAUCAAUAAAGGAUGAUCCUUUCUGGACCUCAAAGGAGAACAGUUUAGAACUGAUAGACCUAUUGAGUAUAAAUAAAAUUAAUAGAGUUUAUGAAACGUUGGUCCUGACGUUUCUUCUUGUCUUCAGCUCCGAGUAUAUACGAAAAUGAUGACAUCAAAAAAGGAAUAAUGUGUCAGUUGUUUGGAGGAACGAGCAAGGAUUUCUCGCAUGCAGGCCGUGGCAAGUUUAGGUGACUGCAUAUCACACUUUUGAGCUUCGUUUGUUUAUUAGCUGCGUAAUUUCCUUUGGCUUUGUUAUAUCUCUUAUCAUUAUCCUCUCUUCUCUGUAAAUUUUGUUUUAAAAUUCCGUUUCCUAGAGCUGACAUUAACAUUCUACUUUGUGGUGAUCCUGGUACCAGUAAAUCGCAGUUGUUGCAGGUGAGUUCAUUUCAGAGACUACCUAGCACUCUCGUCACAAAGUUAAUGGUUUUCUUGAGACGCACAAGGUAUCCAAUCCAAUUGUCUUUAUAAUUUAGUACGUUCACAAUUUGGUACCGCGAGGUCAGUACACAUCAGGAAAAGGUUCCUCGGCUGUUGGUUUGACGGCGUAUGUUACAAGAGACCCAGAAACCAGGCAGUUGGUUUUACAAACGUAAGUCCAGAACUGUAGGUGUCUGUAAUAACUGCUUGUGAAUUGGUGGGCGGUGGUUGGGGCAGUGAGUGUUACAGCAUUUCAAUCUUUAUUGAUAUUUAUGUAGUGGUGCAUUGGUGCUCAGUGAUAAUGGCAUUUGCUGCAUUGAUGAAUUUGACAAGAUGAAUGACAGUACACGAUCAAUUUUGCAUGAAGUCAUGGUAAGGUUAUGUCAGAAACUAUUAAUACAAUACAGCAGGGAAGAAAAAACAGAGUACUUACCCAUCAAUUUGACGUUUACUUCUUGUACAAGAUACAGAAUUUAUCGCUGACUGUCUCGUUGUUUAAAAAUUCCGUUUCUAGACCAUUCCUUUAGUUCUUGCAUUUAAACAUUCCAGGACAAAAGUAAUUGGGAUGACAGCAGAACAUUAAAACGUAGUUCAGUGCAAUUCUAUGUAACAUAGCAAUGCAAUUCUAUGUAGCAUUAAACAGAGCAUAUUUCUCCUCAAUCUAAUACAGGAACAGCAAACGUUGUCAAUUGCCAAAGCUGGUAUAAUCUGUCAAUUGAAUGCAAGAACAUCUAUUCUUGCUGCUGCUAAUCCUGUGAAGUCACAAUGGGACACGAAAUUGACAACUGUGGAAAACAUUCAGUUGCCUCAUACCUUACUUUCAAGGUCAGUAGACAAAUGCUGUUGA